UGGCAUGUUCAUACAAAUCAUUCAGAAACUCCGAGUCAGAAACCGCGAGACGGAGCACGCAUCAGCUGUACAACAUACAAAGUGACUGUACACACCAAUGAAUGCUACACGAUCGAUGUUCAUUUCGCAGACAGUAUACUACAUUUCGCAAUGGUUGUCACUGACUCAUCCGCUUCCCCACGUGUGUCCCUCGGCUCCCUCGUAAGCCCAGCAUAACCUGCUCACUGACCAACGAAUGGCGGUCAGGGGGGACAGAGGAAGGAGUGAGGCCUUUGCGCGGACGCCCCACUUGGCUCAGGCGCUUCCGCCCCAUGACGUCUCGCGGAAGUCGUUUCACUUCCGGAGCCUCCGGGGCGGACGGAGACAGCAUAUGUGCCAGGCUCUGUGCACACAGGGCAGCCGCCAGUCAUGAAUGCGAUAAGCAUGUCUCGUGUAUUCGACUGACUUACAUUGACAAAUUCAAUUGCGCUCGGUCGUGAUGAGGACGUCGUCUUGCGAAGAGUGCCGGGAACCGGGGGCGCGACCUGAGACACAGAGACAAAGCCAAUGACUGGUUUCUUCCCGCUAUCCACCGUGUCUUGCCCUUCGGCCACCGGCGGAUUGGUCUGUUCUGUUGUCACAAGAGAGGCUGCUGCGUCCCUUGGGCCAUCGUCAUAGAUAUCGUGCUGCUCCUCGUGUUGAGACAACGUGCUGCUCCGUCGGCGCACGCUGCUUCUUCGCGAGUCGGCCCCGGCCCCUCCCUUGCCGCUACCCCCAGUGACCAAUUCAUUCAUGGCCAUUUGAAGGGCACCACGUGUGGGGUCGAGGACACCCUUGCCCUCUUUCCAUCCGCUGCCCCUCCGACUGGUGACGACAGAUUCGGCCAGCGAGCUGCCCUCAAGAGUGUGGACCGAUAGCGUUGAGCCCCGCCGUUUUUCCUCUCCCUCACCCAUGUCUCCUUCAUCAUCAAUCUGGCCCUCGCCUUCGGUCAAUGACGCCAAUAUGUCAUGGUGCGGCUGCGAGUCAGAGAAGACGCUUAAGCGAAGGCCCAAUGAGGCGCCUUGGGGGAUGGGACCAAUCGACGAGAUAGACGCGCGCCCCGUGUCUCCUUCCUCGGCAGCGUGUGUCGGAGCGGCCGCCGCAGGGAGGUCAUGCACAGCCGAAAGAGUGACAGGGACAGGUGCUUCGGGCACUGGCUCCUCUAUGCUGCUCGUGUGAGGGACCUCAUCGGUUGUUCCCAGAGCGCGAUUGAGGUCUUGCAAUUCGAUGAUGUCCUGGAGCUCGUCAGUCUUCAUACGCUCGAAUCCCUCCAACUCGGUCUCAGCCCCAAAGUAGUAGGCCAGAUCGAACAGCGCCCGACCCAUUCUAUUCUUCCUUGUACCGCCCCAUCCCCCGCCUCUCUUGCCGGUACGGAUCACGCGAAGGAUCAUCUCAGGAUGAGGCUGCAGCUGCUCGGACAGGCUUGCUGGUCUCUCGCCCAUCUCCACAGACUCGCCGGCUUUUGGCAGCUCAGUGGGAGCGCCGGUAGACUGUUGUUGCAGCAGACGCCCAUAUACGGUGUGCGCAGGAAGCCUCUUCGGCUGAGGGCCCCUCUUGCCUUUGCUGCCAGCUUUUGCCUCUUCAUCGAACGGAAGGUCCUUCCAUCCCUGCCGCAGCUGCUUCUGGCUCUCCAGCACGCGACGCAGGCCCGUGGGAUUCUUGAGGAGCGGACACUCGAAAAGCGGCUUCCCCCACUCUCUCUUGCUGCCUUCGGUGCUGGUGUCGGACGUGGCGCCUUCUUCAGAACUUUCUCUUCCGCUCUCCCAUCCGCGCGUGCGCCGCGAUCUCCUUGCGGAUGGAAGUGGCGAAACGGGGCACGACUGCGUCGUCGUUGGCAUUCCAUCGACUGGAGAACACACUCGUGUCGUCUGUUCGAGGGCGGUGUCCUUGGAAAGGUAAUUGUUGAAGGUAUAAGAGUCUCGGAAUGCCAGGUUCUUGAAGCGUGCGAAGAGUUCAGUCGGCGAGAAAUAGUCGCCUCCCACGUAGAGCUUCUGUUGAGGAAUCGGCGGGGUGAAAGGGCGCCAUACGUUCCCUCCUUCACCCAGAUCCCGCCUCACUCUCUUGCCGCUCUUCUCGCCAUACCGAGGCCUUGAAUCAAGCCGCGUAUUCCUCUUGCCAACAGUCACGUCGCCGUCCACUGUCAUUCUCACUGGCCGGUCCGCUUUGAGCUCACGAUCGGCAAUCCUCACGCCCUCCCUUUUAGCAUCCUUCCGACCUCUGACCGAGACGCUGCCAUUCACAUCAGAUCCCUUGAUCGACUCCCGCUUAACCCGCGGUGUCUCUACGGUGUUCAUCUGCUCUGGCACUGGAGACCGGGCGUCUUCAAUGGGAAGCAGCGCUUGUAAUGGCUGCGUGGGGGAUGUCUUGUGCUCAGGCACGGUCGAUGAGAUGACGAGGCCUUGCAAUGAAAGAAGCUGGUGUAUCAGACGGCGAGGCUCUUCUUCAGGCGAUAUCCAGCUGAAGGACAAGUCAACGUUAUGAGGACAGGUCCCCUGCACGUGUUCUUUGCCCUACUUUGUGUUGACAGAAGCCAGAAGCUGGAACUGCGGCGCAUAUCUGAGAGUCCGUUGCUUGUUCCGCAGGAAAGGAGACGUUGAGAGGCUCGGAGCUGCCUUCGGCGCUACGAGCCCCUUCCUGUCCUUGAGCACGGUAGACGGCUCCUGGUUGAUGACUGCAAGUGCUGCCUGCGGCGCAUCGCCGGUCUGGACGGCCUUGGCGAUGUGUGAUGCCUCAGAGGUACGAAUGAUGACGUCAUUGCGGACAGCCUGCGAGACAUGAGCAGACUCCGCGAACGUAUUCUUGCUUCGUUGUUUCGAUUGUUCACCUCGAUUUGUUGCAGCCGCUCAUGAUGCCAUUCGACCUGUUUUGCAUACAAAUCGCGCAGGCCUUGGCCAAACACAAAAAGGUCAGAGACAACGGACACAACGACGUGAGCGGCUUGUCGAUCCCGUUGUUGCCUGCUGCUACCUCGCUGCACAGCCCCCGGCAGCCGUGUGUUGGCAUCUAGCUUGGUGACCGUCCAUACAUCCAGACGAUUGGAUGACACGAUCACCGACAAAGGCUGCACAGACGCACAUACGACAAGACGUGUACGUUGAUGAAGUCGGUGAAGUUUCAAAUAUGUGACCUCGGCUUUCCCAGUGAGGACCGAGAGGCCCAAGACUUGACCAAUCCCGACCAAACCCAUUGUAAUUCCCUGGAGAGGCACAUGUAGAGCCCCAAAGAACAGGCCAAAUGUUUACAAAGCACCAAGGGCGCCUUCUCUGCUGUGUCCCUCUGACCCCAGCGUAGCUUCCUGACACGACCUUGCCCUUCUCCUCUUCUGCACCCUCCCCGAUCUCCCCUCCUUCAGCCUCGCUCGUCACAACAGGCAGCGGCCCCGAAUCUCCCCCACCGGUCAGCGUGUUCAUCCGAACAAUUCCCCUCUCCUGACUGGCACUGCUUCGCAGCACCUGCUUGUUCACGGUGAGGUUUGCUGGGUUCGUGAAGGUUGUUUGGGGACCGGGCAGACGUGGAGGCUGGUUGGCGUGGCACAUGAGCCGGCACUGACCGUCACGUAUAAGGUAGAGGCGGUUCGCGGGAGUGCCCUCUUUCAACAGGACUCUGCCAUGAUGGAAUGUCUCCUGCAUGCGAAAGAGGGGCAUUUAGACUCACAAUGAUGAGGCCUGGCGUUCUCGUACUUGUUUGAAGUAGUAGGAGAACUUGCUGAUAAGGUCGAGACGCAAUGUGGGCCCUGUAGGCAGCCAUUUGCGAAGGAAACUGCACUUCUCUUGAUGCUGAUUCGACAAGUCAGCCUGCAGACAAGACAAAGUGAUCAGGCACCAACAUAAUGGUGCACAGAGCUGUGUCUCUCCUGUCUUACCGCAAAGAUUCGAUUAAAAGCGUUCUUGUCAACAACAAGAAACUCGCAUGGCGUAUGAGUCCUGGUGCAGGGAAGAGCACGGAGGGCUCACAAGCAUCUCACCUCCCUGUCUGUCACUUGUGUACAUGAUAGUAGCAGCACGCUUGGCGUUCUCCAGCAGCCCCUUCUCGCCAAAGCUCUCCCCCUCCAUAAGUGUUGUCACGCAAUUGAAUCCCUGCAGCCGAGGACCGCUCUCCACAUUCCCCUUUCGUGCAGCUUUUUUGCCUGCCGCCUUUCGCUGUCCCCUGCCCUUCUCGGCCGUGCCGGCGGCUAUGUUGAGGAGGGAGUUGCGAUUCUUUGUGACAGCCUUUGCUUUCCCCCAUUUUCCCUUCGCUUGGGGUUUGCUAGAGGAGCCGCGGGUAGCUUCUUGGCUGUCUGCGUCUUGGCCCUCCUCGCCCGCUUCCUUCCUGCAAAGGCGGUGGACUGCAGUAGGUGUCUUGUUUCUUUUUUUGUGUGUGUUUGCCUGUACUUACUCGUUGGCUGCGUCAGGUUGGUGGGCAGUUGGCUCUCUCGAGGCAGGACUUGACGCUGCGACCGACGAAUGCGCUGACGAAGAAUGACGAGAACCUGCAGACAUAUGGAAGCUGAUUUGCAUUCUCUACGUGACUGAAGCUGAUGACCUUUCAUCAGGUGCAGUGUGCUGAUGGCUGCGUCAAGCGCUGUCUGCGCUGUCUUGAGCUUCGAUGACAGAAAAGAAUGCUCAACGCGAUCGUCGAUGCUCAGCUGAAGGGGACUCCGCGUCAAGAGUGACCAGCGGGGCUCCGCCAAGGCCCGCCUGUUGCAGUAUGACAAGGGCGUACGAAGUGUGGAUGUCUGAUUAUGUGUGCCAUCUCACCGUAAGGUCUUGACGUCAUUGCUCAGCUUCUUGAUAUGCUCUUCACAUGCUUGGAUCUUGUCGACAGCUUCCCUGCAUGCAUAGAGCGAAAGCCAAUCAAAGCCACCGUUGCUGUCGUGUCUCUCUCUUCCCCUUUACCCAUCGACCAUGCUCCUGAGCACAAGUGCGCCGUCCGCUCCUGUGACGGUAAUGCCGCUCACCGGCGGACGCGCCGUACUCCCAGCGCUCUCCCCUUCUCGGUGUGUCAUGCCUCCGUCAAGCUGUGUCAUGAAUGUCGGUUUGGACGGGGGACCCUUCAGCUGAGGAAUGGUGGGUAUGGGAGGCAGUGCAGGUGUCGCGACCGACUGGCGGGCCCCGCCUGCACGCGGCGGAGGUGGCGGAGGGCCGGGAUGGGGGCCGGUUUGGUUGUUCGACGGCUGGUCCGGCUUCUGCCUGAUGUAGACGCCUACGAGCCCUUUGAGGAUCAUGUAGAAGUUGUCAGCUUCGUCGCCCUGGUUAAAGAGGAUGGUCUCUCUGGGCAGAUGGCGGUACGACAUCAGCUGACACACCUCAAUCUGAAAGCACAAAGGCAUGAAAGGCAGUGCAAUGAGCACUGAGGCACCAUUGUGUACCCGCAUGGCAGGGGACAGGUUCUGGAAGAAGGCGUUGUUUUUUAUAAGCUCAAGCAGACUGGUCAGCUCCACUGGUGUCCGCAUGCCAGCCGUACGCUGCUUCAGGACGGUAAUGGCCAUCUCGCGAUGAGAUGUCUCCUGCAGUGCGAGAGGAGCCGGUCGUCUUGGACAGUAAUGGCGUGUCACGAUCGUCUCACCUCUCUGUGCUGCUUGAGAAUGCGGUUGUAUGCUGACUUUCCCAGGGACGCAAACUCGCAGUCUGUGUGACAAACAAUGGUCGCUGACCUGCAGGAAGGAGACACAGCGCAAUCCGACUUCUGCCCUCUGGUACCCUUUACUCAUCUACCCUACCUCCGCUUGUCCUGUCCCAGCAGCGCCCACUCCCCGACGGCUGCUCCCUUUUCCAUGUGUGCCACACACAUCUUUCCCUCCAGCAGCACUUCGACAGCCACCGAGCCGUCGGUUUUGCGGCGGUCGGAAAUGCCUGUGGAGCGGCGCCUGCUGCCGCGGCGCGCUGGUGUGGGAAUGCCGACCUGCAUUGGGUCUUUCUUUUCUAGCCCCGUGUCGACGUAGACGCCCACCGUGCCGUCGAGAAUGAUGAAGAAAGAGUCAGCGACAUCGCCCUGACGAGGAAAAUACAGCAGGCCACCGCGGUGUACGAAGAGAGGAAAAAUGUCCGUGCGAGACCUGGUGAAACAGGAUUUCUUUUGCAUUCAGUGCCCGGUGCUCCAGCGCCCGACAAAUGUCUAAUCGGACUUUGUACGAAAGGCCCUUGAACAUGUCGUUUUGGUUGAUCAGCUCGUCCAGAGACGCCAGGUCAGCGCUGAAGGCAAGAAGACACGGCAGUGAGCCUUGUGUGGAUACUUUCACGUGCUGACCUUGUCCGUUCGAUAGCAGGUUUGGUCUUUAGGAUGGCUAUGGCUUGCGUCUGCGCAACACCCUCAACAGUCUGACAAAGAGACAAGCAAAUGCUUGGCUCGCUGCCGGUCCAAUGCGCUUUGUUCCUCACCCCCGCGACAAACGCCAGUAUCCUCUGGAACUCCUGCCGCUUAAGAAUCAUGACGCGGCACCUCGACAGCGCCUUGACAGACACCUGCCGCUUCUCCUCUUGCACCAGGCCCCACUCACCAAAGCUCUCGCCCUCCUCAUAUUCGCCCACUUGGAGACCGACCUGAAUGCGUGUACUUGACGUGAGGAGAGAGACAUGGAGACGCGAUAUGGCUUACCCUUGCUUCUUGUACCCGACUGACAGUUCCUUCGCUUGCUGGCACAGAUAGCGCAGAAACGACAGAUCCCCUUGUCGAUGACUUGCGCACAGCAUGGAUAGAUGGAGAUGUCCGACUCCUCUCGGCAUACUGUCGCUUCUCCCCUCUCUCGACGUGCUUCAUGUCGUCAAUCAUUUCGAUGGACACACGCUUGCUCGAUCUUUGCUGCGCUGUCUCUUCGCUGUCACCGUCUGGCCUCUCCGCUGUGCCUUCUUGCUUCUCCUUCUUCUCCAUCCCGAUGACAGAAGCGACACGUCUGUAGCCUUUGUAGUCACGAAUGCUCUUCUCAUCGACACCGACAGACCCUCGUCUGUGUGUGAUGACAUUAUCUGCUCUCUGAGAGGAUCUCUCGGUAGUGUGUUGAGGGCGAUCGAAGGCGUGAGGCAUCAGCUUGAGGAUGCGGCUGAUCUUUCGUACGGCCUCCUUCCACUUCUCCCGCCAGUUGCGACGCUUGAAGACACCGGCUCGACCACUGACCAAAGAAGCAGCUUUAACAAGGAUCAAUCUGUGUGGAUGCACUCUCGUCUUACGCGAGGACCAGGAAGAAUGUGUCACCCGUCUGUCCCUCCUCUGAUAGAACCUCUCCCUUCUCGAAGGUCCUCAGCCGCAACACUUUGCACAGCUCUCGUCUCGUGCGGCGCCCCAGCGCAUUGAAGACGCGACGCGUCUCUAUCUGAAGAAAGCAAGCAAAGGUGGAUUCUGGCCAGUGAGUGUUCUCGCAGGUGAGUGAGACAGCAAAAUUCUUACGAGGCUGUCGAAAAGCUCAAUCUCUGGCGGUCCUCGUUGUUCAGGUAGUCUGUUCUUGAGUAGUGCUCCAGCUGCCUCCAGCAAACACCGGCGGCUGCGAUGGUGACGCAGAUAUCUAUGAACAGAAGGAGGAAUAGCAUGUGCGUGUCUGGCAUUUUGCAUUAUGCCUGAUGUAGGUGACUCGAUCGACCGUCAGCACGAUCGCUGAUGUAAUGGCCACCACGUAUCCCAGCCUUGGGCCGUCUCGAGCCAGUGCCCACUCGCCAAAGGCAUCGCCUGAUGGCGACAUUCUUGGGUAGCGAUUCGGUGAAGGUCUGUGCGUCUAACGCGUCUUACCCUCCUCGAGUAGGGUAAUAAGCUCUAGGAAGCUUUCAAUUGGCUCUCCCUCCUCUGUGUAUGGCAUCGGACCGGCAGCGCUGGCUGCCGAUACACCAGAGAUACUCGACGCAGCGUCAGCAUGAUCCUACAUAACACACAGCCCACACAUCUGCGCAAAUGUGCACAAUUAUGUCCCUGCAGGCCUUACCCCUUCGUUGUCCCUGCCUUUCCUCGCUCCAGAGAUACUCUCCGGACUGACUUCCCCCUCAGUGCCUUCCUCCUCUCCGCCACCGCUCAGGCUGCAAUAGGCGCCCAGGACGCCAUUGAGCGGCAGAUAGAAGAAGUCCGCUUGUGCACCGUCUUCUAUGAUCACAUCAUGCUCGCUCACGGACCGCACCCCCACAAACUGGGAGACCUCUAAAAGGGUUGAUCGGGGGAUCGCGUUGAAAGGAGACAUUGUCUCCAAAAAGUCAGACAGAAGCUUCAGGUCCUGCAUUGCUCUGUGACAUAUGAAGCAAGGGUAGUUGUGUGGAUGCCUCAUCUCUCUUUCUGUCUCGUACCUGUCCUGGGGGGACCUUGAUCUCAUGAUGUCCAGUGCAGCGCUCUUUUUGACGGCCAGGCUCCGAGCCUCCUUCAACACAGACUGGUAGAAAUCCUUGGACACCCACAAAAACUCACACCUAUUAGAGACAGACAAUAAGGACCGCUUUCCAGAGCUCUUUGCUCCUUGACUUACGGAGACAGGGUCCGAAUGGUGGCAGCCCGCCUCUCGUUCCGAAUCAAAGCCCACUCACCAAAGGAAUCGCCCUCACUCAGAUCAGCCAGAUGCUUCUCGCCUUCCUUCGCUGCCGGGUGCAGCACUGCUUGGACGUCUCCUCCCUCCAUGACAGCUUCAUCGUCUCCCCUCUUCUGCCUUGGUAAAUCAGCGAACACACUCACAGUGCCUGAACCGACAGAGACACGUCAUUGAAACGAAUGCGUUGCAUGUUGCGGACCUUUUAGAACGAGAUAGAAUGCAUCUCCUUCAUCUCCCUGGUGAAACAGCUCUUCUCGUUCUCGCUUUUCGAGAAACCUCAACUCACGACACACUAGCUGACGGACGGCCACGCUCAAGGAACGAAAGAACUUGUUGCCACGGACAACCUAAGACAACAAAAAGGCAUCAGCGUUCUUCGUGCGUGUGAUCGUCGUUUUCCAUAUACACCAUGAACAAGACUUCAAUGUCGUCGCGACUUCUCUCUUCGGGCGCCUUUGACCUCAGGAUAGUCUUUGCCUCUUCGAGCACAGUUGCAUCGAUUUUCGUGAAGCUGCCGGGCCUUUCAGAGGCGCCCGUCGCUUGCCGAGCGAUGAUCUUCCUGACUUGUCCCUCUUCACCAGACUCUGCCGACGAACUUGUCGCUGCACAAACAACCAAAUGUGACAAGGCAAACAAAACGAAAGGGGGGGCUGGGUGCGGACCAGAUGAAGACGAUGACGGCAAGAAGGCGUGUUCAUUGCACACUCGAUGCGCUAUGUUAGCUGGCAGAUCCGAUGCCCAGGGGGUCGCGCUCUUGUCCUUGGUCAGCGCGAGAAUUCGGUGCUGAAGGGCCAAAUUCUAAACAGACAAGCAAAUGAACAACAGAGGUGUCUUCAUCGGCCACUAGACAGCUUUCUUUCUUACCUGCGCACUGCUUGCCUUGCACCUUGUGCUGCCCUGUCGUUUCAACAGCGGUCGGUGUCCAUCAGCUUGUGGGCUUGAGGCGCCAGCGAUUCGCUGCGCUGAUGCAACGACUGAAACGAGGCUGCUGAUGCGAGGGCUCCUCGGACUCAUGGUCGGCGAGUGCACGGCCGGCAGGGACUCGGAAGUCCCAUGAUGUUGUUGGGUGGUGCCAUGAUGUUGGGUGGGGGAAGAGGGGAGAGAUGCCGAAGGAGUGGGGGGGACAGGAAUUCGCAGCAUUCCAAGAUUCAAAGCACAGAGGUCAUCCAGCAGCAGCGAUGAUCAAGGGAGGAGGGG